UUAUUUUGGAGGGCCCCUUUCUUGUCAGUGGAAAAUAAAAACAUCCGGUGAUGUCUUGUACCUACGUUUGGCAAUGUCGUGUUAUAAAAUGGAAGGAUCUAUCCGCCUUUGUAACACCUAUAAUUCCGAAUUCGUUGUUUUGUGUUUUGACUACAGCAUUAAUGAUUAGAAUUGACAUUAAUUCUAUCGGAUGUAUUUAUUGAACAAAAAACUCGUAAUCCCUAUUUAUUUUUAAUGCACGAAGUGUUGCUAAACCUUAGAUUAGAUUAUUAACCACGUUUUAUUACAGGAGGACAGAAUCUGGGUGUGGGGAGCAGUAAAAGCGGCGUUGUCAAACUUUUAUUUUGAAAAGAGGAAGCACAGAGUUGAAGAAACGGGUGCUUGCGUACUAACAACGCAUGUUAGCUGUAAAAAAAACUAUCUAAAUUAUUUUACAUUUAUUUAUAAGCGCCACAGGAAAGAAAUAUUGCACUAAUGGAGGUUAUGGGGUUGAUAGAGAAAAUAAACGACCCCAGCCUUCCUCUGCCAUCUCUGCGCCUCCUGGUGCCCCCACUGAGGCUCCUCUCGGCAGCCAUGUGGCAGCUGGCGAAGCGGAAAGAUGUUGAGAAUUACGAGAAGCUCCAGGAGUUUGUGUUCAUGGUGACCGAGGCCGUCCCUGGACUGAUCAACCACAGACAGAGAGCCCAGCUCCUUCUGGGUCUCAGAGCGAGGUUGAUUCUGGAGCUUUGCAAAGGCUCGCCUCGUGGUUUCGUUGAUUCUCAGGCGAUCCACAGCCAUUUGGACAGGCUCCCAAUAACCGAUGCGAACUCUGAUUACAGGGACGCAGAAGUGAGAACAACAGAGUCCACUUUCAUUGCACUUGUUCAGAGCCUGCUGAAAGAUCCAGUUGAGAGAGCGUACUUCUUCCAGGAGGUGUUCCCAGUGGAAUACGGGCCACAGUACGACGCCGCUCUGCACGUGUUGCUGUGGGAGCUGCUCUCCAAACUGGAAAAGCUGCUUCCGGUCCCGGACUUGAAACAGACGGCGGCUUGGCUCGGCUCGGCUCCGUCUGCGGCGGAGGAAUGCGCUCAGUCGUCACCGGAGGAGCUGAGCUUGAUCCUCGAGCACUACAGAGGUUCGGGGCUACUCAAAAUGCCACAUGGUCCUUCAUCCACCGUCGGUAGCUGCAUCAUGUCUGCCUUAUCCAUCCCUCCCUCGCAAAAGACCAACAUCUCCGUGGGACUGGACUCGAUCCACAACUAUGCCAACGUGCUGAACCCCGUCUCCUUUGUGGGAGCGGACCAGUACAGCGUCGUCGCCGUCUACACCGAGGUCGCGGCGUCCGAAGCCGACGAAGAGCUGAUCGGAUCGGCCGGGGUGCAAGUUCAAACGGACUUCUACGAGGAGGAGAUAGUGGCCGUCGCGGCGGAUGACGCCGGCGCCGAGGAGACUCCCGGCUCCAGGGCGGAGGAGAGUGAAACUGUGGACGUGGCCAAAGCUCUGGAGACCCUCACCAAGACCUUUGCGCUGAGGAAGGAGAGCCUCGGUCAGGAGGCGCUGAUGGGAAAGGGCAAUGACUCGUUCCUCAGCGAUGACUUUGGGUCAGGACGUGCACUGGAUGGAGGGAAAACCCACGUAGGGCAUGAAACGGGGGGCCGGACGGAAGAGAAAAGAGAAAAUGUAGAAGCGGUGACUGAGGAUCGUCAAGCGGCAGGAGGAGACGGCGCUUUGGAAUCUUGUGCGGACUUAAGCGACGAAAGUGAAUCCCUCUCCGUCCGCGAAGACGCGCCGGACGUCCCCAGUGAGGACCCGGACGCCGAAACGGGGCGGUCUCCCACCGCAGCUGACGUGCGCCGAUCCACUCGUCUCCAAACGAGGACGUCGCCCCGUCGGCAAGAGACCUGCGAAGUCCAGAGUCCUGCUGAAGAAUGUCCAAAAAUGAGCCACGCUGAUGUGUCAGUUGCCCCCUCUGUUAUAGCCAUCAAAGGAAUCAACAAAGAUGAUGCGGACGAGAUGACGUCCGUCAUCUUCACCUGCUCUCACUGCGCCUUCCACAGCUCCGAGGAGAACAGCCCUCCUCACUUCCACAUGCAGAGUGUUCGCACCGAGGUGUACAGGACUCUCUCCGGGGCCAAGUUCACGCCGUCGCCCUCCAGCACGGACGAGAUUUUCACCUCCAUCAAGCUUUUCCCCAAGGGGAGCAAAGCGGAGGGCGAGCCGGAGCCGGAGGAGGCGGGCGCGGCGGGCGAGGGGGCCGGCGAGGCCCCGCCCCGGAGCGGCGGGCGGGGGGCCCUCUCGUGCGAGACGUGCGGCAAGGCGUUCACCCGCUCGUCGGACGUGCGGCGGCACCAGCUCACGCACACCGGGGAGCGCCCGUUCCGCUGCUCGCGCUGCGACCGCACCUUCCAGCACUCGUGGGACCUGGCCAAGCACGAGGCCAAGCAUCACGGCGCCGCCGUCUCCUUCGCCUGCCGGCUGUGCGGCGGCGCCGCCUUCGCCAACCUGCGCGCGCUCACCGCCCACCACAAGAGGUGCCACUCGCGCGAGAGCCGCCUGCCGCUGAUCUGCUCCAUCUGCAGCCGCAGCUUCCCGAACCCCGCCGAGCUGCUGGAGCACCGCAGGUCCCACGUCGCCGCCCGGCGCUACGUCUGCCGGCAGUGCGGCGAGGGCUUCGACUCGCUGCUGGCACGCUCCCAGCACCGGCAGGCGCACCGGGUCAAGAGCCAGUUCAAGUGCCCGCACUGCGACAAGACGUACACGCGGCGGUCGGACGUGAAGCGCCACCUGGCCGCGCACACCGGCGAGCGGCCGCACCAGUGCGGCCAGUGCGGCAAGCGCUUCGCGCUGCGCUUCAUGUUCGCCAAGCACCUGCGGGUCCACAGCGGCGAGCGGCCCUUCCAGUGCCCGCACUGCCCCAAGCGGUUCACCCUGGUGUCGGUGCUGGCCCGGCACGAGCGGAUGCACACGGGGGAGAAGCCCUUCCUCUGCUCCCAGUGCGGCAAGGGCUUCCUGUCGCAGGGGGAGCUCUCCAAGCACCACCGCUCCCACGUGGACGACAGGCCGUACUCCUGCCCGCAGUGCGACAAGCGCUUCAAGAGCAAGAAGACCCAGCAGGAGCACGUGGCGUCGCACAGCGGAGCCCGGCCGUACCCCUGCGCCCACUGCGGCAAGGGCUUCACCAAGCCGUACGCGCUGACCCGGCACAACCUCAUCCACACGGGCGAGCGCCCGUUUCCCUGCGGCCACUGCGAGAAGUCCUUCCUCACCCUGGGGGAGGCUCAGCUGCACCGGCGCAUCCACACGGGGGAGAGGCCGUACCCCUGCGGCGCCUGCGAGCUCAAGUUCAAGAGCUCGUCGGAGCUGGCGCGGCACCGGCGGAGCCAUUCGGGCGUGAAGCCGCCGAAGCCCCGCUGCGAGCGCUGCGCCAAGACGUUCGCGUCGCAGGCCAAGCUGAAGAAACACGUGGAGAAGCACCGGGAGGAGGAGGAGGAGGAGGAGGAGGAGGAGGAGGCGGUCGAGGCGAUGGAGCCGGAGGAAUCGAACCCGUAG